AUGUCAGAACAGAAGCAAGAUGCUGAGAAGAAGAUACCCACACCACUGAAAUACGUAUUUGGUGGGACGGCAGCAGUGACUGCGGCUUGCGUGAUGCAUCCUUUGGAUUUGGUAAAAACACGCAUGCAAGUUGCUUCUAGCGGCGGCGCCAAAUCGUCCAACCCAAUUGAACUGCUGAAAGCGGCGGUUAAAAACGAUGGCAUCACUGGCUUGUACAAGGGACUCAGCGCUUCGGUACUACGGCAGUCGGUGUACUCCACCACACGUAUCGGCGUCUACACAAGUCUAACGGAGUAUUAUCGCGAGUUGUAUAAAACAGCGCCAACAGUGAAUGCCACCGUAUUGAUGGCAGCCUUCGCGGGCGCAGUUGGUGCCUAUGUUGGCACACCGGCUGAUGUGGGCUUAGUGCGUAUGUUGACCGAUGCCCGUCGGUCGCCAGCAGAUCGGCGUAAUUAUACGAGUGUUUUUAAUGCGCUCUCACGUAUUACCAAAGAGGAGGGUGUUCUGGCGCUUUGGCGUGGCGCUGUGCCGACUGUGGGCCGUGCUAUUGUCGUGAGCGUUGCGCAACUGGCGUCUUAUACGCAAUUCCGGCAUUUGGCGAAGUCGCAGCUCGGCAUGAGUGACGGUUUUAAUUUGCAUUUAGUGGCGAGUAUUGGUUCGGGUCUGUUGACGGCGACCGCAUCAUUGCCGGUGGAUAUUGCCAAGACGCGGAUACAGAAUAUGAAAAUGAUCGAUGGCAAGCCGGAGUACAAGGGUAUACUGGAUGUGCUGGUAAAGAUUAGUAGGAAAGAAGGCUUUCUGGCGCUGUGGCGUGGUUAUACCCCUUAUGUUUUACGCGUUGUGCCCACAACUAUUUUGAUUUUCAUUAUUUUGGAGCAACUCAAUACGGCAUACUUUAAAUAUGUCUUGGGUGAGGAGUAUAAAUCGAAAAUUUAA